CGCUCUCAUCAGAAAGCGACAAACAUGGCCGCCUGCAGGCUGCUCCGCUCCCUCUCUUCCAACUUUAUUACAGUUUCCCGCUCGGCUCCACUUUGCCGACUACGACCGGUUUCUACACCUUGUUUUGGACGAACUUUAACAUCUACUAGCCGGUUAACAGCAGCUUUAAAAUUCACAGACAAACACGAAUGGAUCAGAGUAGAAGAAGACGGAAACGGGACUGUGGGUAUCAGCAACUUUGCCCAGGAGGCUCUUGGAGAUGUAGUUUACUGUGGACUACCAGAGGUUGGAACACAGCUGGCUCAGCAAGAUGAAUUUGGAGCUCUGGAAAGUGUGAAGGCUGCCAGUGAGCUGUAUUCCCCCUUGACUGGAGAAGUUGUAGAGGUCAAUGAACUACUGGCAGACAAACCGGGUCUGGUAAACAAAUCUUGCUACAAAGAUGGUUGGCUGAUGAAGAUGACCAUUGCCAAACCCGCAGAGCUUGAUGCUCUAAUGGACGAAGCAGCCUAUGAAAGAUACAUCCGCUCUAUUGAAGAUUAACCUAACACCUUCUUCAAGUGAUAAGCUCUCUUCUUUACAGACACACCUGGCAGAAAAGAAAGUUGUCAGCUGCAGUGCUAUGCUUAGCAUCCGGCAGUGGAGUUCAGCAGCUCCACUAGUGGAUGCUGCUGACCUGCCAGUGUUGUAGAGCUGGGAAGAUUCUUAUUCCUUUAUUUACUGUUAAAGACUGAUUCUAGAGGACUGUCAAUCUGCAUCGGCAUCAAUUUUGAGUUGUUGCAGAUCCCUAAACAAGAGACUCAGUCAGUAGAAGUUUUUAAGCAUUUCAGUCAAAAGAAAACUUGAAAUCAUUAUGUAGAAAAUUGUUAGUAUUAAAAAAAGCACUUUUUUCUCUGUUAAUGAUAAUGUUGCCCUAUAGUGCAUGUGUGACAGUUACACUGUAGACAAGGGACCUGUAAAUUAAUAAACUCUUCCUGAAACAU